AUGGAGGGAACCGGAAACUCUGCCUCUAAGCCGAGCAGCAGCGUCAAGCUGGUGCUGCUCGGAGAGGCCGCCGUUGGCAAGUCCUCGCUCGUUCUCCGCUUCGUCAACAACGACUUUCAAGAGAACAAGGAGCCCACGAUCGGCGCCGCCUUCCUCACACAAAAGUGCAACCUGCCGACUAGGACGAUCAAGUUUGAGAUUUGGGACACGGCGGGCCAGGAACGUUUCGCCUCGCUGGCGCCCAUGUACUACCGCAACGCCCAGGCCGCCCUCGUCGUCUACGACCUGACCAAGCCGACGUCGCUCGUCAAGGCGAAACACUGGGUCGCCGAGCUGCAGCGCCAGGCCUCGCCGGGCAUCGUCAUCGCCCUCGUCGGCAACAAGCUCGAUCUGACCAACGACGGCGGCGCCGGAUCGGCCGGCGGCCUCGGCGAUGACGGUGACGACGGCGCCGACGGCGAGGCCGACGGCGAGGACGCCAGCGGCGACGCGCGCAAGGUCUCGACCGACGAGGCCAAGACGUACGCCGACGAGGAGAGCCUGCUGUUCUUCGAGACGAGCGCCAAGACGGGCCACAAUGUCGCCGACGUCUUCACGGCCAUUGCCAACGCCAUCCCCGAGACGUCGCUCAAGAGCACGAGGGGGCCCGGCGCCGCCAACGCCGUCAGCCGAGGCGGCGAGGAGCAGAGGGUCAACCUCAACCAGCGCGACGCGGCGGCCAAGGACAGUUGCGCCUGCUGA